AUGGCGGAUACUCCACAUACCGGCACCGACACGCCAGCAGGCACGACAGCAGAGUACCAAUCUCACCAGCAGCAUCAUUCACAUCACAGUCACCACACAGGCAAGAGAUUGAGACAUUUCCUCAGACCCGAUGGAAGAAAAGUACACAUUGCGAGUUCGCCCGAUGAAGCAAACCACAUGAGGAGGAAACUCAGCGCUGCGGAGGAGAAGGAAGAUUUCGAUCUCGUCGUCCAUGGAUCUCCCGAACAUAUUGAAGCACUCCGCCAUACACACGCCCACCACACAGCGCACCGCCGCCGACUCCAUCAGGAUCACGGCGACCUAGCCCAAGAAUUUGAGCGUGUGAUACGCGAUCUUGACGCCCUAUCUACCGAACUCCACAUGCUAACCUCACACGCCGUGCAAUUGGACGCCAACUUUUCCAAAUACGGUUACUCGGCCCAUCUUCGUACCAAAGAAGACUUCAACACAGCAGAUUCUACGGACUCAUCUGCCUCUUCCUUCUCAUUUGACAAAGAAACAUGGCAUGCAGACCGCCACCACGGCGCCAGCAUUCGUCUCUACCAAAAGCCUAUAGUACGCCAGUACUUCCACAAAGGUCUUCUAUGGCGCGCAAAAGAAGCCCAAGAAGUCGCCUCCUAUGAACUAUUCAUCGACCUCUUCUACGUGGGGAUUAUUGCCAUCAUCGGUGAUUCUGCGGCCGAACAUCCAACAGGCCAGUCUCUGCUCCGGUUUUCCAUCACCUUCAUCAUGGGCUGGAAGUUCUGGACAGAUAUCGGUGUCCUGGUUUCGUGGUUCGAUAGCGACGACGUUGUGAGGCGGCUCUCGGUGCUUUUUCUGCUCACUUGCCUAUUGGGGUUCACGACAAAUAUGGCUGAAGCAUGGGAGAGGACGUACGCGCCGCUCGUAGCGUUCUAUCUGGCAGCCAGGUUGUUUGUAGCAACGAGCUUCUUUUGGUACGCGUGGAUCAUUCCCAUGGUCAGAGGAACCAUGCUCGGCAAUGGGAUUAUCAUGCUCAUUCCCGCGGCACUUUGGAUCGGCAGUAUACAUGUUGAAGAGCCAGCAAGACAGGGAGCCAUCUGGACGGCUAUCGUGUUUGACCUGUUUGGCCAGUUUGGCAUGGUGCUGCUUCAGCGGCCUGGAUCGCCAGUGUUCAAGUUCGUUCCCGGUUGGAUUAAGAGGAGUCUGGAAUUCUUCCCAGCGACGAACAUCGAGCAUCGGAUUGAGCGUACGAACGCGUUCGUCACGCUAGUCUUUGGAUCUUGCGUGUUGGGUCUGUUGUACCAGAGCAAUGUUGAGAUGGGUAUUAACGCUUUCUUCGGCAAAGCUGUCUUGGGACUUAUACAGGCAUUUGUGUUUAACUGGAUCUACUUUGAGAUGGACUCUUUCAAUCUGCACACGCAUGCGAUUCGGAGGCAUGUAUACUCUGCAUUGACAUGGUUCUCCGUCCACCUUCCCUUCGUUAUGUCUUUCGUCCUAUCCGCAUCGGCCCUCGGCGUCCUAGUUCGUGCUCACGACAUAUCUUCAGCACCUCUCGAAUCCUUAUCCGAAACUUUCGUCUCCCGUUCCGAAAACCACAUCUCAGAGGGCUUAGCAUGGUUUUACUGCGGCGGUCUGGGCAUAUCUCUCCUCUGUCUUGCUAUCAUCUCUGCAACACAUGUUCACCGCACGAUCCCCAAUCAACGCCUCCGCAAACCUGUUCGUCUCGCCUACCGCGUUUGUGUGUCUAUAGUCAUAAUAACGCUGCCUCUUGCGCACCUCAAUAGUCUGCAGUUGAUAGCAACGACUACGGGCUUGGUUGUGUCUGUGCUGGUGUUGGAGUUGGUCGGCGUGUCCUGCUGGGGCGAGAACUUCCUCUGGGAAAAGGAGUGUCCAAUGAUAUUCACGUUUACUUGCAUCGGCGUUGUGCCGGUGGCUAGCACGAUUGUUGAGGAUCUCGAUGGGAAGCAUUCAAGCUCUGCGAACAGCGCCUUACUCGUUACUAUCUGGGAACUCGGAGAAGCUGCCGGACCUCUGCUCAUCGCACCAAUGUCAGAAAUCUUUGGAAGAUAUCCUGUCUUCAACGCUUGUAACAUCGGAUUCAUCGCUGCAACUAUUCUAGCAGUAUUAAGCCAGAACAGCGGCGUUUUCAUUGCUGCCAGGAUGCUCACGGGCCUGUGCGUCGCCUCAAAUGUUCUCAACCCAGCGAUCAUUGGAGACAUUUUUGAGAGCGAAGAACGUGGUUCCGCAAUGUCUCUGGUUAUGCUUGCACCAUUAAUUGGAGGGGCCAUCGGCCCUGCCAUCUCGGGCGCAAUCGCGCAGACGCUAGGAUGGCGUCGCAUGUUGACCAUUGCCGCGGCGCUGGCCAUUGCGUGCGAGGUCCUGUUCCUUGUCUACUUCAGAGAGACCUACAAGAUGACCAUCUUGAGGAGGAGAGCAGCAAAGACGAUGCAGGAAACCGGAGAAAUCUCCGAAUCCAGGACUACGCAUGAGCAUCUAGCGAAGCUAUGGCACUCGAUGACCCGGCCUUUCGCGGUAUUGUUCGGGUCCACCGUACUCAUGCUUCUCUCUUUGUUCGCUUCCGUAGCCUUUAGCUUCUUCUAUGUCGUCAGUGUCUCACUACCAAUUAUUCUGAUCGAGAAGUAUGAUUUCAAACUUGCCAUGAUUGGUACUACAUUCAUCUCAUUCAGCGUUGGAUCUUUCUGCAGUGUCCUAGUCUGCAACUUCACACUCGAUAGGAUAUAUGUCAAGCUUCGUGGUCCAGAUGGUGCAAAAGGAAAGCCAGAAUAUCGCCUUCCUCUCUCCAUCAUCGGUGCGAUCCUGCUACCUUUCUCCGUAACAGCGUAUGGCUGGAUUGCGGAGCACCGUCUCCCUGUACUCUUGCUUCUUGCCUCUGUCGCCCUCAUGGGAUUCUCGCUCCUGCUUACAGUCAUACCGUUAUCCGCCUACGUCGUUGACGCUUGUGGCAUGUACUCUGCUUCGGCUAUGACUGGCGUCAUUGUCACCAGAUGUCUCAUGGAGAUGAUGGAGCACGGCGGGGAUGCGCCUCGAAAGCGCGCUAGCCUCACCCACUUUACGCGGUCGCGUCGACCCAAACGCGGUGAACUUCCCGAGUAG